AUGGCUAACGUUGCAGUCAACAGUCAAUCUCCUGGCCUUUCACAUAGAAAUGUACCAGCUGAAGAUCAAAAUACCAAUGAAAUGGAGGAAACUUUUCGUAUCAAAAAACGGAUAACGUUGGUUGAUGGAAUUCUUUUAAUCACAGGUAUGGUUAUUGGAUCUGGUAUUUUCAUAUCACCGAAGGGCGUUCUAUUCAACACUGGCUCAGUGGGGCUUGCUCUGGUGAUCUGGGUUGUUUGUGGAAUAUUUUCUCUCAUUGGCGGUCUGUGCUAUGCAGAGCUGGGAACAACGUUUCCCAAGUUUGGGGGAAUAACCAUCUACUUAUAUGAAGCAUUUGGUCCUUUUGUGGCAUUCCUGCAUCUUUGGAUGAUCAUGGUCAUAGAGACACCCACCAGUGUAGCCAUUAUCAUUCUAGUAUUCGCCGAUUAUAUCUUAUAUCCCGUGUUUUAUGAGUGUCAAUCACAGUUGACAAGACAACUGUUGGCUGUGGCUGGUGUCCUUUUCCUGUCAUUCGUGAAUGUUUGUAGUGCACGAUGGAGUGUUCGAUUGAAUAACUUCUUGUCAUAUUCUAAAAUACUGGCCACCACGAUUAUUAUUGUUACAGGAUUAGUGUACCUAGCACAAGGCCACACAACAAACUUUGAAAAAAGUUUUGAAGGGAGUACCACAUCUCCUGGAGACAUUGCAUUGGCGAUGUAUUCAGGUUUAUGGGCAUAUUCAGGAUGCUUAUUAGAAGUUGGUAGCCAUCUGUUACAUCAGCAGUGUUAUCCAGAGAAACUAUGUAAUUUCUGGUUGGACAAACCAAUGGACUAUGCACAACCGAAGCACAUUUGA